AUGACGCCUGGAUUCCGGGUGAGGGUCGUUUCCACCUGCCUGAACAUCACUUUCCUUCAGCGAUACCUGGGUCUGCCAGUGAUGCUGAAGGCAGGCGAGUACUCGCCCAACAACCCGCUGCUGGCGCGGGAGCGCGCGCCGGGCGACGCGCUGCUCGGGCUCGGCGAGUACGAGCGCCGCCGCCACACGCUGCGCAGGAUCCGCCAGCAGCAGUACCGGGAGUAUCUGGACCAGCAAGCAAAAAAGAAGCAAGAGGCGAAAGAGCAAGCUGAAAGGGAGCGGCGCGAGCGCGAAGAGAAAGAACGGGAACGCGAGGAGAGAGAGCGAGAAAGGGAGCGCGAGGAGAGGGAGAGAGAGCGCCAGGAGAGAGAGAGCCGUCAGGAAAUAGAAAGGGAGCGCCAGGAGAGAGACAGGGCGAGGCGGAUAGCGGAGAGGCGAAGCCCAGAAAGAAGGAGAGCCAGUGAGAAUUAUACUGGACAUGUAGCUACGUUCUCCUAUAACAAUCGAGUGGACACAGGCGUUCAAGUGGACAGUGUGUCCGCGCCUUUAUCAGUGGCCGUUCAAACUGAUGAUUCAGAACUAUUCAGGCUUCCCUCCCCAUGCAAGUCGCAGCUCACGCAAGCGGAGCGGGAGCUGUCCCCCCACACGGUGGCCCCCGAGCGCCCCCCGGCCGCGUGGGCGCCGCGCGGGGGCGCCGAGCGCCGCCGGAGCCUAGGGGACUUCGACGGUGAGUGGACGGGGACUAGUGGGGAGCGGCAAGUUACUUGUGAGGGCGGCUACACACAAGGGAGAGCGACUAGACACGCGGGAGAGCGACUAGACACGGAUAGAAAGGGAGCGCCAGGAGAGAGACAGGGCGAGGCGGAUAGCGGAGAGGCGAAGCCCAGAAAGAAGGAGAGCCAGGAGAGAGACUGCCAGGAGAGAGUGAGCCAUCAGGGGAUAGAAAGGGAGCGCCAGGAGAGAGAGAGCCGUCAGGGGAUAGAAAGGGAGCGCCAGGAGAGGGACAGGGCGAGGCGGAUAGCGGAGAGACGCAGCCCGGAGAGAAGGAGAGCCAAGAGAGCGCCAGGAGAGAGUGAGCCGCCAGGAGAUAGAAAGGGAGCGCCAGGAGAGAGAAAGGGCGAGGCGGAUAGCGGAGAGACGCAGCCCGGAGAGAAGGAGAGCCAAGAGCGCCAGGAGAGAGUGAGCCGCCAGGAGAUAGAAAGGGAGCGCCAGGAGAGAGAAAGGGCGAGGCGGAUAGCGGAGAGACGCAGCCCGGAGAGAAGGAGAGCCAGUGAGAAUUAUACUGGACAUGUAGCUACGUUCUCUUAUAACAAAGAGCGCCAGGAGAGAGUGAGCCGCCAGGAGAUAGAAAGGGAGCGCCAGGAGAGAGAAAGGGCGAGGCGGAUAGCGGAGAGACGCAGCCCGGAGAGAAGGAGAGCCAGUGAGAAUUAUACUGGACAUGUAGCUACGUUCUCUUAUAACAAAGAGCGCCAGGAGAGAGUGAGCCGCCAGGAGAUAGAAAGGGAGCGCCAGGAGAGAGAAAGGGAGCGCCAGGAGAGAGACAGGGCGAGGCGGAUAGCGGAGAGGCGAAGCCCAGAAAGAAGGAGAGCCAGUGAGAAUUAUACUGGACAUGUAGCUACGUUCUCCUAUAACAAUCGAGUGGACACAGGCGUUCAAGUGGACAGUGUGUCCGCGCCUUUAUCAGUGGCCGUUCAAACUGAUGAUUCAGAACUAUUCAGGCUUCCCUCCCCAUGCAAGUCGCAGCUCACGCAAGCGGAGCGGGAGCUGUCCCCCCACACGGUGGCCCCCGAGCGCCCCCCGGCCGCGUGGGCGCCGCGCGGGGGCGCCGAGCGCCGCCGGAGCCUAGGGGACUUCGACGGUGAGUGGACGGGGACUAGUGGGGAGCGGCAAGUUACUUGUGAGGGCGGCUACACACAAGGGAGAGCGACUAGACACGCGGGAGAGCGACUAGACACACACUUGGGAGAGCGUCUGAACACUUGGGGACUAGUGUCUCCCUUCCAGCUCCCCUCCCCAUGCAAGUCGCAGCUCACGCAAGCGGAGCGGGAGCUGUCCCCCCACACGGUGGCCCCCGAGCGCCCCCCGGCCGCGUGGGCGCCGCGCGGGGGCGCCGAGCGCCGCCGGAGCCUAGGGGACUUCGACGGUGAGUGGACGGGGACUAGUGGGGAGCGGCAAACACUUAAGAGAGCGACUAGACACUUGGGAGAGCGUCUGAACACUUGGGGACUAGUGUCUCCCUUCCAGCUCCCCUCCCCAUGCAAGUCGCAGCUCACGCAAGCGGAGCGGGAGCUGUCCCCCCACACGGUGGCCCCCGAGCGCCCCCCGGCCGCGUGGGCGCCGCGCGGGGGCGCCGAGCGCCGCCGGAGCCUAGGGGACUUCGACGAGCGCUCAUCUACCCUGCUAAAGAAAUCGAACCGCGACAAGCUGACGUCGGACCUCCGCCAUUCGUACAUGCCGUCCAUCUUCGAUGCAGACGCCAUACAAAUGCGCAACUUGCAGGCUGAGAAGGAGGCCGCAGCUAGGCGUCAAUUCUACCAACAAGAGUUGAAGAAUCAGAUUAUGGAACAACAACGGAUACGGGAAGAGAGGAAAUCUAGAGAAAAAAUGCUUGAACAAGCCGAGAUGCGGAGAUUGGAAGAACAACUGAGAAUGCUGCGCGUGGCUCAAGACAGAGAAAUGGAUAAACGGCAUCACAUUGAUACCGCGAUCCAAGAAAACAAAAUGGAAUACGACAAAAAGCGCAAAGAACUACAAAAGGACAUCGACAAUGAACAACUAAAGCUUUUACGGGCUCCGUUAUCCACAUCUCAACUCACAUCUCUGCCCAAACGAAUAACCACCUCCAAAAGCGACACCGACACCAAACUACCCUCAUACUUCCGAUCCAACUACCCUCGAAUAGAGAGGGAAGAAGAGAGACAGAUCCGUCCCCUAGAGAAAACUGAACUACCCCACGACAUAAACUACAGGCUAACAGCUAACGAGCCAACUCAAGAGAGAGUUUACCAAAACAAAGAACAUUCUCGGUACUCAGAGAAAUCUGAACCGUACGAGAGGAAACCCUAUUCGAUGAAUAUACCCGACGAUUCUAUAUUCUCUCCAAACUAUGACGUCGAUAGUUAUUUGAGGAAGAACCUUAAUUUUAAAGAUAGAUUCGAUUUCAACCGCUACGAUUAUGACGGUAUAGGUAAAGUUGCAGAAACAGAAAAAGUUCUUGUACACGAGAGACCUAAAUCCAAAAAUGUUCCGAUUGCGAAAGAGAGGAAAAGUAUACAAGACCCAAUUGAUUCUUUACCCAUACCGGUUUUACGACAUUCGCCUGUAAUACAAAGCGAUAGGGUCGAAACUGGCUCAAACUUGAGCGAGGCGAUGAGGAAAAUUGAUGACAAGUGGAAGGUACCAGUUGUUCAGAAGAACAUACUGAAAUCAGUACCUAAUGAAGAAGGCAAAAACGUCAGCAUUUUGACCCAACUUGGCUCUAUCAGGCGACAACUGCAGUUAGAACAGCUGAAACUGGACAUGAUUUCCAAAGACGACGAUGUUUAGGUAGAUAUUAAUAAUAAAACAAUCAUACGUAAUUUGAGAAAACUUGAAAAUAAUUUAGUAGUAAAUCUACAUUACCGCAGUAAUAUAAUUCCAUCCAUGCUUGCUUAUUUAAUACCAAGUCAGAAAAUCUUCAGUCACUAAAUAUAGAGGGUCGUACCUCUUUAAUAUGAAUUAAUGGGGUAAUCUUGCAAAAUACAGCGCCAUUUAAUCCCUAUCUAAGUAAACGUGAACUAUUCAACGGAACAUAGUAGAAAAACUCACUCAAACAUAAUAUACAUAUUUUAAUUCGUACAAAUGUUUGCAUUUUGCGGGGGUCAAACCUAGGACCUCUGACGUAGUAGCAGAGUUCUUAAUCACUGAUCUACUUCGGUCAAAAAUGAAAUUAUACAGGGUGGAAUUUUGUAAUGCCACCUGGAGGGAUAUUACUCUUAAUACUGUAGAUAGAAAAUUUUACUCAAAGAAAACAGUUCUUUAUUUUUUGAAAGAAAAAAAAACUGCAUUCAAAGAUUACAGUUUUCCAUUAGUGACUGAAGAGGUUAUAAGAAUAUAUCAAAAUUUUUAAAUUAGGAAAUAUUAUAGUGUUAUUGUACAACAAUAAUGAGGUGCUGAAAUUCGGGAUUGAUGUCUUGAUAAGUCUUGUCUUGAUUGUUUAUAAAGAUUGAAGCGGUGUUAAUCGUUACUUGAGUUAUUUCAAAUAGAUCUCAUAAUUAUGUAAAAUUAUUUUACCAAAUAUUAGGGAUUUCGAAAAUGUUAAUUGUUAUUAAUAACUAAUUGU